AGAAUAAAAAUUGUUUAAUGUAAACGAAAAGGACCUAAACUUUUCAGUUUACAUUUUUAUUUUGUUUUGGUUCAAAGUUUAAACGAAUUUAUCUUAAUAUGAUUGAUGAAAAUACAACACUGAGUGAUAAUUCAGAUGUAGAUGAUGUCAAACCAGAAUUACGGGGCUAUUUGAGCAAAUGGACGAAUUAUAUUCAUGGAUGGCAAGAUAGAUUUAUCGUUUUAAAAGAUUCAACAUUAUCAUAUUAUAAGAGCGAGGUAGAGAGCAAUUUGGGAUGUCGAGGAGCCCUAUGCUUAAAAAAAGUCAAAGUCAAGCCACAUGAAUUUGACGACUGUAGAUUUGAUGUGUCUGUGAAUGACUGUGUUUGGUAUUUGAGAGCUGCAAAUCCAGAAGAAAAACAACAGUGGAUUGAUAUCUUGGAAUCUUUUAAAGUAGAGUCAGGAUAUGGAACCAGCUCAGAUAGCAGCUCAAAUGGUGGUGGACUCAGAAGACAUGACUCUGUCACAUCACUUCAAUCAACUGGAUCACAUGGUCGUACGUCCCGUCGUCUGGCUGAAAAGAUCGCAGAGUUGGAAACAUUCAACGAUCUGUUGGGGAAGCAAGCUCUGCAGUUGCAGCAGUACUUCGAUACUUGCGCAUCAAAGUUUCCACAGAUCAGCGACGAGGAAGCGAUCGAUGCCUUGAAACUUGCAGAGAUUGCCCAUGACAAGAGCUUGGCGGAUGAGGUCCGAGCGACGAGCGCUUCGUUCCGCGCGACCUGCAGCGCCACUGUCGUCAAUAUACAGCACUGCGUGGAGCUACUAAAGCGGCGAGAAAAACAGGCGCGGAAAGCUGAGGAGCUAUAUGCGGCAUUGAAGACACAGUUGAAUGAGGCAAGGCUAGCGUCCAAGCCGGGGCCAGAUCAUGAGGAGGGGCCACAUUCGACGCUGCCGGACGACGAGUUCUACGAUGCAGUGGAGACCGGCUUUGACAAAAUGGAGGAGGAGAGAUGCGCCCGGGUAUGCUCACCCGCCGAGGUCACGCGGGACGAGGUGGAGCUGCCGCCACGUGCCAUAGACAACAGACUCACCGUUCACCCGCUCUGGCCAGAGAUCGACAGGAUAUCAACAGAGCAGAUCCAGGCCGCCUUUGAAGGUGUGGGCGGUGAGAUUGGAUGGCAGCUGUUUGCUGAAGAGGGAGAUAUGAGGAUGUACAGACGAGAGAUGGAAGUAGACGGAAUGGUUACGGACCCGCUGAAGGCGAUGCACAAGGUUCGAGGGGUGUCCGCUCGGGAGAUGUGCCAUUACUUCUUCAACCCCAGAUACCGAUACGAGUGGGAAACGACACUGGAGACGAUGACUAUCGUGGACGCGGUGUCGUCCGACACCAUCGUGUUCCACCAAACGUUCAAGCGUAUCUGGCCGGCGUCGCAGCGGGACGCGCUCUUCUGGUCGCACGUGCGAGCGGCGCCGCAACAUACGUACGCGGUCACUAACCAUUCCACCACGGACGCUCAGUACCCGGCCAAUACUGGUGCGUGUAUUCGCCUGUUUGUAACGGUAUGUCUGGCCUGCCGGUCCACGUACCCUGAAAACGAGGCUCCCACCAGAGACAACAUCACCACUAGCAUCGCGUACUGCAGUACAGUAAAUCCCGGGGGCUGGGCGCCCGCCGGGGUACUCCGUGCAGUCUACAAGCGGGAAUAUCCGAAGUUCCUGAAACGUUUCACCAACUACGUGGUGGAACAAUGCCGGGAUAAGCCGCUGGUCAUCUAGCGCCUUGUUUUGGACCUUGUUACAGAUCAAGUUCGAGAUACUUCCAGUGUAUAUUUAUGUACAAAGUUGUGUCACUCGCCCGCCAUAUAUAUCCAACGAGACCGUAAGCAACUCUAUAUAAGUAUGUAACUUAUAUAGAGUUGCUUACGUUCUCGUUGGAUAUAUCAAAGAUGUCAUUAUAAUUGGGUUUUUGACUCAAUAUUUUAUUAUUGUAUAAUAAACUAAGAUAAAAAUAAUGAUGUACACUCAAAAUUAAAUUAUAUUCAUGAGAAAUACAAAGUUAUGGGCAUUUGAACUCUUGUUGUAUGUGUCUUCUAGCUCUAUCUCGCAUGAGAAAAACUUGUAUAGAGCUACAAAAGCAAAAACUAUAUUAUUGCUGUGCUGUUAUAUAUCUCUGUCUUAUCAGUAAUGUUAAAAUCCUCAUAACGUUUUUUGUUAUUUGAUCGGAUCGAAGUAGUUUUUUCAUCAUUCUAUUUGUUAUUAAAUCUAGUUUUAAAAAAAAUAAAUUCAAUAUUUUAAUUCGAGUAUGAUAUUCAAUUAUUGCCAAUAUAGUUAUAGAACGGUUAGUUACUCAACCGGAACUUAUUCGACAUUGAUAAAUAUUGAAGUUGUUUUAUCAAGCCAGAUGUUGAAAUAUAACGUUUCAUACGUCGAUGCAUAAAGGUGCCUUCACAUGACAUGCGUUAGAAAAACGCGCGCUUGCAAAACUUUCCAUUUGACCGUUGCUACGUGUGUGACUUUUUAAUGGACUAUCACAAUUGAAGGUCGAGUUUUAUUAUACAUAAAAUCAUAUUGAAGCCAUCUUAUUCACAGGAAAUUGGCCCUUAACGCAAAUAAGGCAUGUCAGCUAAUAGAGGACCCUAAUGUCUCUUCUCUAGUACUAAUUUGCGUGUGAAAACGUUGCAUAGACCGCCAGCCGACAGCCGGUCUCUGCGAACACUAUAAAUGCGAGCGGCGGUCAUUCUUAGAUUAAAUUAUUCUCUAUACUUUCGACCCUUAAAUUUAUUCCUUGUUUUUUAAAAUGUUUAGAUCAGGAUACAUACAAGUACAGUACCAUACUUGCUGCCUUUGUUUUUAAAUAAUCAGAUGUCUGGUUCAUAGAUUAAAAAUAAUUCACAGAUACAUCGAGUGUCAAUAUUACUCUUUUUCAUUGUUGCUUACGGGAAAUGUAACUAUACAGAUGACAUAACGACAGAAUUGACCGUAUUAUAUCCGUAUAACUUCGUUGUUAAAUGUAUAGUUAAAUAUAAAUUUUUAUAAAUGAAAUACUUUUAAUAGUGCUGAUUAUUUUUCUGUUUUGAGAGUUGGGCAAUUGUAAUUUUCCAAAUGCUAUGACGUUUUUUGAGUGUUAAUUCACCUCUACACGAAGAUGCCUCUUUGGCUUAUUAUACUUCUACUAGCUGACCCAGCAAACGUCCUUUUGCCAAAUAAAUGAUUUAGGUGUUAAAAGAAAAAAUAUAAUUAAAAUAAAUUUUAAUUUUAAACUAUACAUGAAAAUUUAUUGUACAAAAUUUUUUAUAUUCGAUUGCCGUUUUGCAACCCUAUUUCGGAUCUGUGGAUGGAACAGAUAUAAAAUUCGCGAUUAAAAAACGGGGCAUGAUCGUAGAAUGGUGAAAAUUUGAAAUUGUAUGUAUUUUUAAUGUUAAAUCAUAAUAAAGUAAAAACAAAUAAUUUUGUCAAAAAAAUGAUAAUAUAGUUUAUGGGUUGGUCACCCUUAUAAUUUAGGGGUAUAAAAAAUAGAUGUUAGCUGAUUUUCAGAACUAUCCUAUAUACACAAAAUUUCAUGCAAAUCUGAACCGAUUUGUAUGAAAUUUCUUUUCGUUUCGGAGUAGUAUAGAGCCUUUUUGAUGCCAUACAACAGGUGAACGGUUUCAUUAAAAUUUUUAUAAUGAACUUGUAUUGUAUACAUGUCGAUUUCUUUUUAUACAUAAUAUAUCAUUAAAAACUUCUGGAGUUGUAUAAAGUAAAAUAUCAUAUUGUUGAGAGAAAAGGAUAGAGAUAUCUAUUCCAGAGUAGGUGUGACGAGACUAGAUAUACUUGGUAGCGUAAGUAAACGCGUGUAGGAAGUUUUUUAUCUAUUUAGGGUAUUAUUACGUAUUACGGUGUAUGAUUACUUUUUACGGAAUUCGGAUUACGUUUCGUUGCUUUAAAUAUCUUUAAUUCUUUUUUAUUUAUAUAAAGUUUUUAUUCGUCUAAUGUUAUAUGCACCUGAAAUAUUACUGUCUUUUGUUUAAUUUUAAAUAGAUAUAAAUGCUUCGUAUAGACAUGCGAACACUCACCGAAUUGUACAUAGUAUACUUAAAAUCCUCAACCCUCAAGCAUAUUUUCUACAUCAAUGGUCUUUUCGUUGGAAACCGGGUCGGUUUCUUCAACAAUAAUUGAAGUAUGUUUUGUUGUAUUCUGAUUCGCGACAAAGUCAUAAUAAAACGACCCGAGGCUUAACCCCUCAUAUGACAAAACGUCCCCGCAGAAGCCACCCACUGGCUGUUUUGGCGCCAAACCCGGCGCCGGCUACUUGAGACACUAUAACCACUUGUGUUUAUAAUAGUCGAUGUAUUAUUAUGCGGCUUAUGUUACAGGUAGCUGAUAAACAUGCUUGGUUAUUGUAAACAAAAAAAAAAUAUGAGAAUUAUGGAUGAAAUGUGAAAAAUGCCGCUUCUUCAGAGUUGCACGAGAAAUUGUGACUAUUUUGCUAAACGCGUCAAAAUAAAAAUGUAUGAAAUCCCUCGGCUGAAAUGUGCACAUAAAGUAAUUUAACUGCUUCCCAUAGUAUAAUAAUACACUCCGCAUUAUUUUAUCUUCCCACAAUGUCCCAAGACUAUGUCACAACUCAGAAUAUAAUAUAUGUCAUACUGACAGCUCGCCAUUUCAUCGCUAUUGUCGCGUCGCUCACAUCUAUAGCGUUGCUUCUCUCGGAAAUAGUUUGAGACCAAUCAUCGCAACUGAUGACGAAUUCUGAGGCCAAUCACGUGAUUUAGCUGUCACGCAAAGAGAAUACCAGGUGGAAUAUAUGAUUAUACCUUACUGCUUCCAAUCUUUUAUCUACAGAAUGAAGGUGUGGUCCCCAGGUGGCGUGGGUUCAAAAUAGCACAUCUUAAUAUAUAUAAAUCCAGUGUCCUGAUGCUUGUUUCCAGUGAACUCCCAACCUAAUAAACGGUUUUUAAUGGGUUUACUACAUGGAGUGCAGUUCAGUCCGAUUUGAGAGAUAUGAUAGUUUUUAUUUCGAUUUGGGACCCAUAAUUAUUUUUAUUUCUAAUAUUUGUUUUGUAUGGACAUAUUUUCUAUCAUAAUUUAUUGACGCACGGUUUGACAGUUAUGUUGUGAAACAAUUUCAUUAAUACUCUACAUGGAGCAUAUUUUACGAAAUAAUUCUCGAUGUUAUGUAAUAUUAUGACAAAUUCAUAAAACACAGUAUUUUAUUUAUUAUCUACAGAAUUACGUCUGUCGGGUCAGCUAGCCGUUGAUAAAUUUUUAGACAACUAGUAUAGUGAGUAAAAACACUUAAAAAUAACAAAUGGAUUCCAAGCCAUUUUCAAUUGCAAUCGCUUACAGUUUUAUCAACAGACCAUAUCAAAAUCUAAUCUAUAUAUAUAUAUUGAAAAUGGUCUUUGUUCAAGGCUCCAUCACGCCUGAUCGUAUCGACAUGAAACCAUUCGAUGCGAAAUUUAUCCUAGAUUGUUUAUGGCUACUUAUUUUUUGAAUUCCAACGUUCUUUCAUUAAUUUAUUUCCUUUUAACUAUACGGCUAGUAUUUCUAUAUGGGUUAAAAGCCUUUUUGACUUAUACCGAAACGUGUGCGAACUGAAUUAACCGGUAUCAAAAGCUUGUGGUUAUUAGCUUAUUUUUCCGCGCCGUGCUCGCACGUUUAUACGAGGCUUAAAAUUUAAUAAAAUAAUACGGAAAUUUUUAUCGAAUUAAAUAUUUAUUCCCCCUUUUAUUUACGCAUUAUGCUCAAUGUUUUCUUUUGAAUUUACGUCACAGUUACGAAUUAUGAUGUACUUAGCACAAUUGUGAUUGUGUUAUUUGUUAGCCAAUCGCAUCAAGACGUUGAUAUCUAAUAACCAAUCACAGCGAUUCGUUUUGAAAUUGGAUUCUUUAAUGCUUCUGUUCAUUCCAUUACGCGUCAGAAUAUGUGGUGAAACAGCAUAGAGUUUUUAUAAUUAUUGUUUUUUUUAUUACAACUUUGAAUAGUAUUUACGUUUUAUCACAAAUAAAUAUUAUUUUAAUGUAGGUGCUGAAUACAAGAAAUGCAUGUUUUUGUUAUAAGGAUGCGAAUGAUUGCAUUUAUAUAUACCAAUGUUGGUUUUGUAUAUUGUAAUAUUUUGUGGACUUGUUUCUAUAUAUAAUUAUUAUAAUUAAAAGGAAUAUAUGUUUUUCAUAAUAAUACGGCUCGCACUAUUAUAAACAUUGUACCUAUAUGUAGGGCAAACUACUCUCUGUCUUAAAUACUUAUCAGAAAAAAAAUAUUGUCCAAUUUUCUGUGAUGAUAAUAAGAAACUACGGUUUUACGACUAAUAUUUGUAAUAUAUAUAUAUAUAUAUAUAUAUAUAUA